AUGAAGAUUAGUUACACUUAUCUCGCCGUCACGUUCUUGGUCGCCUUUAUUUUGAUUGUCACGGCAAGCGAAUCAAGAAAGGGUUUGCAAAUCGGCGUCAAGCGUAGGGCCAGUCCAGAAAGUUGUACCAUGAAAUCGAGGAAAGGAGAUGUGCUUCAUAUGCAUUACACGGGAACCUUGGAAGAUGGUACAGAGUUUGAUAGCAGCAUUCCUCGAAAAGAACCAUUCACAUUCACAUUGGGGACUGGCCAAGUGAUAAAGGGCUGGGAUCAGGGCCUUCUUGGUAUGUGUGAAACAGAGAAAAGAAAAUUGAUCAUUCCAUCUGAAUUAGGUUAUGGCGAUCGCGGUUCACCACCCAAAAUUCCAGGUGGCGCAACUUUGAUAUUUGAGGUGGAGCUACUAAAGAUUGAUCGAAAAGAGGAACUCUAA